UUGGUAUCUGGUCCAAGGAUGUGGAAACAUAGUCGAGACACCAGUAGACUAACGCCGGUAACUUUGAUCGGCAGCAGAGACAAUGCAACAAAGACGUUGAGCGAACCAUAAUUGCGAGUGAUAACCGGGACUCUAUGGAUUCUGCUGGGGUCAGCGUCGAUCAGUCGCAUCUGAGACCCGGCGCUGGGCCCGCAAAAUGAAUUGCAUGGAAACUUUGCCGCUCCGAUCAAAGAUCCGGCGAUCCGACCGCGGGUGUUGCCCACAGGGUUGUUGUCGUGCUUCCCCUGCCAAGCCCGGUGCCGUUUCAGGGGCCAUUCACCCUUUGCGUCCUCGUCGUUUCAGCAGGACGGGAGGCUGGAGCUGGGGAAGCUCGACUAUUUUGGGUUUGGGGCCGCUGUCAUCGUUAUCAUCCCAAACCUUCCAACCUUGCGAGGACUUCUUUGUCAAGGGAAUCCGCCAUGUGAGACAAGAUCCUCCCGACCAUCUGUGCAAGCUCAAGGCAAUGCGAGCAUCCCUCGGUGUUUGCCAGCACGGUCGAGCGCAUCUUCUCAUGUGACAUGCUAACUUGACAUCCUACACGCAGAUUUGGCUUCACGAAAUGAUAUCGAUGUGAAUUGGGCAAACCUUCAAUGCGGUCAGGGUUG